UUGGACUGCCAUGGCGUCUGUUGCUUCCAUUUGUAGGAAGGGGGGUCGAGUUGGGCUCAACAUGAACCUGCCGCUCUGACACUCCGGGCUGGGACAAGCAGGCAGCAGCCGGCCGGCCGCCCCCCGAGCAGCAGUCGCACAGGGGAACCCGCCUGGAGCGCUUUGACCAUCAGCAACAAGUUAUUACCUGGGUGCUGAAGCGCUCAUGGCUGUCGUUUACGGUGCCGUCACCCAGCCGGGCCUGCUUUCCCAGCAGUACCCCCCACCCCUGCUGCCCAAGCCCGGAAAGGACAACGUUCGACUUCAGAAACUCCUCAAGAGAACUGCCAAGAAAAAAGCCUCUGCUCAGGCAUCGCAGUCUGCCGCGCUUUUCCGCUCCAGCCUUUCCCCUGUGAACGAAGCAAGCCCCGACCUCGAGCACAGCGACCACUCAACCCCUCCCAGGACUCCAGAGACACCGUUCAUCCUCUACAGCAUCCACCAGCCUCCACGGUUCACCGUCAGGCCGCUCUAUCAACAUGUGGCGUCCCCUUACCCGCAGCGUGCAGCUUAUGGCAGAGCAGCGAGGUUCUCACCUCAGACGGUGGCGAUGCCGUCGUACUCCUACUCGCAGCAUGUCACCACAGUUUCUUCAUAUUCUGCACAGGCCCACCUUUCUGGAGGCUCACCAGCUCAGGGGCCAGUCACGCAGCUGGCGGUACCCAAAAUAUCUGAGGCAACAGUACCAGCUGCUGAGGUGAAAAAGUCAGCAUUUAGCACAUUUGCUGAAAGACCUUCUGCAGGUGCUGAAGCGACCCCACAGCCGAAACACAGUCCAGGUGUGACUCCUUAUCAAGCACCUGGGGGGCAAGCUUUGAUUCGUCCUCUUACGGUGUUGACCCCGCUCGUCAAAUCCAAAAGUCCACGUCCAACAUUCAAAGCAACCGAACCUUCAAGAUCGCCCAAACCGAUGUUUGACGUCCCUCAGAUUAGGAUGUACACGGCAAGCACAUCGUACUACGAGACGUCCAGGACCCCACCGGUGUAUGACUCGGCUGGAUUAACUGCGAUCGGCAGCACAGCGCCACAAAGUAAAACGUCAACAGAAACAAAACAAGAUCUGACUCCUUUGUUGGGCACGGAUCCCCAGAGAAGAACACCGACUUUAGAACCUAAAAGAGGCACUACACCAACUGCAGAGAUAAAUGCAAUCGCAACUCCUGCAUCUGAAGUCAAAAGAGCAACUCCAACAUCUGAAGUUAAAAGAGCAACUCCAACAUCUGAAGUUAAACAACGAGCUAUCAACAUCUGAAGUC